AUGAUUCGUCUGCUCACAUUGAUUCCGCUCCUGUUCUACACCUCCCGGGCAGAUAUCUGCGCAUACUGUGCUUGUGAUCGCCAUACUAAAUCAGUGACCUGUAACUCUCCUACGCUGCUCAUUCGCACUGUUUCACUGCUCCCAUGGAUUGAGCAGGUCCAUCUGAUCGACCUUAAUCUCCCACAUCCACCACACUUUCUAUUCCAUCCUCCUCUUCGGGUUCUACGCAUCAACCGAUGCGGCCUACAGUCCAUUUCGGCACAUUCCUUACUGCCCCUACCUAAUCUGGAGGUACUGGACCUGGCUGAUAAUCAUCUGGACACUAUUCCCACAACUAUUCUGCGAAGUCUAAAGCAUCUUCGCGUCGUGAAUUUGGCCAGGAAUCGCCUAGCAAACCUCUCACAAUUCUCGCCAGUACUCGCCGAGAAUGUGGUGCUCGAACAGCUCGAUCUGAGCGGAAACCCGCUUGCCCUCUCGACUUCGUCCGCGACCCUGCCCCCAUCUGAGCAGCUCCUGCUAUCCGCUGCCAAUCUAGCCUUCAUCAACUCCUCGGCUAUCAUAUUCCAACCUUCCACGAUCUGCCCAAUGGACGUUGGCUGUCGUAUUCUGCCCUACUCAUCGGCUGAAUUCAGCCGCCUCAAUGCCUUCGACGUCUCGAAUAAUCGGCUUGCGAUUGACAUCUCAGCCCUUGUUGCCCUCACGAACGCCUCCCACCUGGACUUUUCCCACACCCACUUGCCACCAGGAUUCGUCAACUGGCUCGAGGAUGAGAGCCGUGCUAUUUCACUGAAUCUGUCCUAUGCUCAGCUGCAUCUGACCGACGAAACCUGGUCUGCAUGUGGGCGCGAACUGAAAACGCUCGACAUCACCGGUUUACGCCUAAAACGACUUCACUUGCAGAAGAACUGCGUAUUGACUACCGUAUUCGCUAGAGAUAAUCUGCUCGAGACCAGUUGGCUGGAAGCAGUCUCACUCGAGGCGCUUCAUUUGGACAGAAAUCUAUUCACUGACUGGCCUACCUUACCACCUGGAGUGGCUCUCGACCAACUCCGCUCCCUGACCCUCUCGUCCAACCUGCUCACCUCUUUGCCACCAAAUGCCCUGUCACAGUUCCCAAAUCUGCAGCAUUUGGAUGUCUCCCGAAAUCAGAUAAGUGACAUCGAUCAUCUGGCAUUCCCUACACUUGGAAUGCAACUCGUCUCUAUUGAUCUGUCCUUCAAUCAAUUAUCGAUUCUGCCACAUCCGGUGCUACCGUCGCUGAUUUAUUUGGAUGUAUCUAGCAACAACCUCGUCACGAUGGAUUCGGCUCUAUUCGCUGGUCUUCCACUGUUGCAACAUCUGAAGCUGGCCAAUAAUCCACAGAUAUUCACUCGAUGUAAUGAGCGCUGCUGGUCGGACCAUUUGGACGAGUUGACCGGCCUCACUGAUCUGGACAUGUCCUACUGCGAUUUGUCACGAGCUCUGCACCUAUCACAUCUCCAAUCGCUACGAACGCUACUACUCCGUGGGAAUCAGAUCGUCAACAUGAACGCUGCUGACCUGCCACCCAACUUGUCCACUCUGGACCUGGGUGAGAAUCGCCUGCACUUUACCCGGAACUUCUCCAGACUUCGUUCCCUUCGGGACCUCCGCGUCGACACAAAUCCUUUACGAUGUGAUUGUAGUCUGCACGAUAUUGUACCACAUCUUCUCAACCAAACCCAGAUCACUGACCCACAGCUCUAUUACUGUUUCUCGGGCUCAUGGCAAUACCCCCUGUUACCGUAUCUUACUGGUGUCACUCCCUGUAGGAGCCCAACCACUCAGUUCAUUCCUGUUCUCGUCAGCACCAUUCGCCUUCUCGAUCAUUAUCAUUUGUCUGCUCCUCCUGGGAGUGAUCGGUUACAAACGCUAUGGCCCUCUAGUGAGUCACACUUAUCAACGUCUAGCUACUGA